UGGAUAUCAUUAUGGAUGCCAAAGUGUUUCUCAUAAACAAUAAACCUAUUUGAAUAAUACCUCCUAUUUAUAAUUGUUUGUAAUUUUAGUCUUCUUAACAGUCAAUAAAAUUGAAAUGGAAUUCAGUGAGCUUAAAUCCCUCAACAGUUGCACUGAGAGUGAAGUCGUCUCUGUCCUUGAAAAGUUUAUUACUUCAUAUUCACAGGUGUUUUCUUUUCCUGAUUUAGAUGUACAGCUAAAGAAAGAAUGUGUAGAAGCUAUUUUACGAUGGCUGAAAAAACCACAGAUUGCCCCCAAAACAUCUAUUGCAUGUCUGCAAGCCUUCCGUAUAAUCAGUCGGGACAAAACCAACAUGCAAUCACUAACCAAUGAAAAUGCACUCAGCACUCUAAUAAUGGUUGCUGGAAUCCAGCAUUAUGCUCAGCAAGAUGUUGAUGAUAUGGCUGUAACCAUAAGUACUGAUGAUCAGUCAGUUAUAGUUGAAGCACAAAAGUGUCUUUGUAAUGUCAUCUUUAACAGUAUUGAGGCUCAAAGAUAUUGUUGUAAAUCUGGCUGUGUUGAUGGAGUUGUACAAAGACUUAAGACUUAUGGUGAUCCCGAUGUCCAGUUUGAUGUUAAGUUUUUUGAUAUGAGAAUUUUGUUUCUGUUGACUGCAUUGCCUGCCUGUGUGGAAACUAGGCCAAAAGUACGUUAUGAACUUCAUGGAUUCACAUACUUGAUGGAAGUAUUAGAUCUGACUCUCCGUGAUGCAGAGAACCAGGAAAAAGGCUUGACAGACCAGCAGGUGGAACUCUGUGCUGAAAUCCUGAAGAUUUUGUUUAACUUGACCAUCUCUAUGGAGAAGAAAUCCGUGGAUGAGGAGGAAGAAGCUCACUUUAUGCGUCUGGUCAGCAUACUACAUGAUCUGUUGAUGAGCACUAUAAUGUCCAAAGAUAAGCAAGAGGACCUUCAAAGCCAUAUCAUCAAUUUAUUAAUAAACAUACCUGCCGAUUUCUAUGAGGAGUUGCUGACACCAAUGGUGGAUGAUGAUAAAGGCAUUGAUAACAAAGAUAUUGAAUAUGAUGGGAAAAACAUGGAAGCCAUCCAUGUAAUUUUGGAGUUUUUGGACCAUAGGUUACGCACUGCUACUAAAAAUGUAAAGGAAAAUCUGGCUCCAAUAUUACAUUGUUUGUGUGAAGCCUGUCGCCAUAACCGAGCCAUUAGGAAGUACUGUCGCCUCAAGGUGCUGCCUCCUUUAAGAGGUGAGGUGAAACGUUUGCCUGAAGAAGGGGACACCCUUAGAAACAAAUUAUGUAAACUGUUAACAUCACCAGUGACUGAGGUCAAAGAUCUAGUAGCUCAUUUCCUUUUCAUUUUGUGUAAAGAAAAUGUAAGUCGUAUGGUGAAGUAUACAGGUUAUGGAAACUGUGCUGGCCUCUUGGCCCAGUUUGGUCUUCUCAAACUGGGGGACAGUGGUCAACGUAAGGGAGAUUAUUCAAGUAAUUCUGAAGAUUCAGAAACAGAGGAGUAUGCUGAGCUCAAAGAUAGAGUCAACCCUGUGACGGGUAGGUGGGAAGCAGACAAGCCUGACCCUAUGGCUGGAAUGACGGAUGAACAGAAAGAGUAUGAAGCCAACCAGCUUCUUAACACUAUAGAUAAACUCCAGAGGCAGGGAGUCAUUCAGCCCUGUCGAGUAGGAGAAGAUGGAAGGCCAGUGGCGAUGGAGCAUGUCCUAGAGCUGUUGGAAGGUCAGGGAGGAGCUGAAGGUGGGACAGUAGAGCAGGAUGAAGACUGAGUGAUUUCCAGUGCUGUUAGUCUCUGGGCCAACAGCUUGUGAUAGCCUCUCUUAAUUUACAGUUACUCUUUUUUUUUAAUUUUUUAGUUGUUUCUGCGAUCGCUAACGAGUCACUAAAUCAAAUUGCUUUAUAGAUAAUAUUUUGGUUAUGAUCAGAAUCCGAUCAUUAUGUAUUAUUAUUUCUACUUACAAGUUUUUAAUCUAUCACUCCCUUUUGUAAAUUUUUUCUGCACAUCUUCAAAUAGUUAAUGAGCUCUACUUUUAAGAAGUUGGUAAAAUUUGUUUUCAAUUUUUUUUAAUAUUAUCAUUUUUGGGAGUCGUAAAAUGAAAUAAAAUAAAUCUAAUUAAAAAAUUGGAGAAAAAAAAAACGUUCCCAUUGUCAAUAUUACUGAUGUUAUACAACUGUUACAAAUAAGGCUUGGCGUUAUCAUAUGUAAAACUGAUAUUUGAAACAAGUUGAUUGUCAUUCCAUUCUGUGCUGACUUGUUUGUUUGGGUAUUCAUAUUUUUUGUGUGUGUGUUACAGGCAUUGUUUUUUUUCAAUAGUGUUGUUUUUUUUUACCCGUAUUGGUUGUUUCUUUCUAUUCUAUUUGAUUAGAAAGAUAAAGCAUUGUGUUUGCUUUUGUUUUGUUUCUUCCCCCUCUGUGUCAUUUAUACUGGAAUCUAAGCCAUGAAAUUUAAAACAAGUGCAGCAUCUUUAACCAAGUCCAUUAGAUAUCAUCGUUGACUGUAUGUGACUAUUUAGCAUUUCAUUGUCUUGGCUUCAAGUUUGUAUAGUUUAUUAUUUUUUUUAGUUAUGUUACAUAAUUAAUAAUUAAUAAUUAUCAAAGCAUUUUGAUUAGAUUUUUUUUUUUGUGAGUUUUCUAUAAUGUUUUCAGUACUGACCUUUAAUCCAAGUGUGUAUGUUUGUUUGGGGGACAAAGAACUUGUUCAAUAUGACGUACCUGUUCUAUUUAUACCUGUAAACAUAUAUUUAUAGAGAUAUAUGCAUAUAUAUAUGUCUAUAUACCAUACCUGGGGUUCUGUAUUGUAUACCAUUCUAUAUUUUUUGUAAUGUUCAGUUGAUGAUUUGUGCCCACAAAAUGUCACACUGUGUUCAAACAUCUAAUCACACUAGUUUUAUAGAGCUGGGGUUUUAUAUUAGCAUGUUCUGGGUUUAAACUAAAACACCUUAAUACCACAUUUACAUUUUUCAUAUAUUUUUUUUUUACAUUAUUUUUUUUAAUAUUCAUUUUUUUUUUAGAUCUUUCCCUAAGGGUUCACAAGUACUCUAGUACUGAACCAAAGAUUUUCUCAAAGUACCUAAGGUUUAAAAAUCUCACGUCUAAUUUUAAUUUUUCUAAUUGCAAAAAAAUAAAACUUUGAUUGCUUAUGUCCUUUGUAAAGUGUAUGUCAAGUUUGUUAAAUCUUUUUUUUUUUUAACACCAAACUAAUAAUAUGUUCAAUAUUUUUUUAAAGUAAUUUUUAAUAUUCAGAAUCGUUUUGAAGGCGGGUUUUUUUGGUAAAUGAAUAUUGUCAGAAAAUGUAUUAUAUCCCUCAAACAGAUAACUAAAAUACUAUUGACUGUAGUUUGUAAGAAAAAUUUUUUUUUAGAAAUAUUGACCAUUUGAUACAGCUCAUGUGCCAAAUGAGAUAAGUAUAGCUUUCAGUGAAUAGGAACAAAAAUAUAAUUUUACUGAAAGUCUAGAACAAAAAAAAAUCAUUUUUUUUUUACAUUUAUAUAGUCCAGUUAUUGUACACCCAUUUUCUAAAAUUUGAAUUACAGAGGAACCUAAGUUGUUGAAUCAAGCACACUAGAAUGAGACUUUAUCUGAAGCAAUUGUAAGAAAAUGUGUAGGCCUUUUAUUUAUUCAACAAUAUGUCUGCAAUCCACCAUACACCUUAAAGGCUUUUUAGCCAUUAGGUUUAUAGCAGACCUGAUUAUUUAUCCUUCACUCAUGUCCAUAUUGUUCAGUAUUCUUUUUAAACAUAUGUGACUGAAAUAAUCUUGCCACAAUGUAUUCUCAUUACAAAUAUUUAUGAGAUUAUGUCAGAGUAGUUUUAAAUAGCUAUGAAGAUUUUUUAUUUGUUAAUUUUUUUUUCUUUGUUUUUUGAAGUCAAACCCACUCAGUCCUGUCAACUCUGUGGGUACAGAGAUUUCCCUCCAGCACAGGUAUUUUGUUUCCUAUGUUCUGGGUUUUAGUGGGUUUUUUUCUUGCGUCUCCACUGAAAGUUUGGUUUGGGGGUAUUCAGUAUUCUCUGACAAAACAUUUCUACAGUUGAAGCUGCAGUACCAGUAUUUACAAACAUAUGUCCUUGUUAUUAAGUAGCAUAGCAGUUUAAGCAGUUACAAACACAUUAAUAUUUAAAAAAAAAAAAGGGGGGGGAAAUCAUUUUCAGCUUAUGAUGUUGCUGCAAACUUUUUUGUCUUUUGAUGUGCAAUAUCCUAUAGAGACUCUCUCUAUAUAUAAAUAUAUAAAUAUUUGCAUUUUCUGUGUUUUGAUUUUGCUGUGAUGUGCUUUCAGAUGUAAUCACAAUAAGGCUUAGCAUAAGUCAGUGCCCACAGAAUAAAAGGUGAUUUGUUUCUGGAAAUAUAUUUUAUUUGAAUUUAGGGAUUGAAUAAUUGGCCUUCUCUUACAGGAAAUAAAACAUUCAUUGGGUAAUUGUAAUGAUACAUACAAAUCUUAAAAAGGAGCAAUAGUUUAUUCUUUUCCUAUCCCUACUGCUAACCUAUUUUGUAAUGUGUACUCUGUGGGGUAGCACGACCAUAUAAACUUGUUAGGAUGGAAGGCCAAUGUUCAAUUUUGCUUUUUAUGUUUAGUUUUGUAAACAAAAUUUUGUUUUUUUACUUAGCGAUUGUUGUUUUAAUUUCCUUGUUGUUCAGCAUCUGCAUAGUAUAAUUGUACUUAUGUGUGUAUAUAUAUAUUUUAUAAUUUAACUCAUGAGAAAUGAAGUUAAUUUUCUGAUGACUGUACUGUGAUCUAAUGAUGAAUGUAGUUUUUCAAGUGUUUAAUUAAUUAUUUUUGUACCCAGCAACACUGCUUCUGUUGGUCAACAUUUAAAAUUGUUUCUCUAACAAACAUCUCUUACUGAAGCAAAGUGACAAUGUUUUUAACAACCUUUAGAAAUUGGGUUUAACAAUAUAAAUUUCAUUAGCAUUGUGUAAGUAUUCAGAUUUCUCAAUAAAUAUGUUUUAGUCCAACAUGUAAUUGUAUAGUUAUUGGUUUAUUACAAGUCACCAUUGAGUUUCAUUCUACAACUGUUUCUAAAUUUCUUUCUCCACAAAAGUUUUUGAAACACAUGAUGUUGGAUUGUGUAUUAUCUAUUUAUAAAUAUUUGCUAAUGGAUAGUCUCAGUUUACUUAAACAUUACAAGUUUAUUUAGCAUUUUUAUAUAUUAACUUCGAUUUGGCUAGAAAUAAAUGUUUAAAUAUGUUUAUAAAGAUGCAUAAUUCAUCCAGUUUUAUUUAUUUUGCAGCCUAAGAUUUAGAUCUUUUGAUUUUUGUUACAUUUUUGUUAUGAGAAUCUAAGUUAUUGUUAUGCGUUUCUUUAAAAGAAUUUGUAAUUAAUUGCUGUAUUACCCAACCUUGUUUUUUUUUUUCUCAGUGUUUAAUUGUGUAACUGAAAAGUAAGAGGUACACCCAGAAUGUUAAGAUAGUCACUUUCUAGUCAGAAUUGCAAGUUUGUUCAUCUAACUUAAAGUUACCUAGCCUGUAUGGAGCUAUCAUUUGUUAAAUGUCUGAAAGAGAAACUUUUUCUCCACCUCCUAACUUUCUGGGUUUUAUCUUGUGGUUACUCUUAACCAAACUUUGGUUAUUAGCAUGUUCUCUUACAGUGUCAGUUUUCAGAUAACCUCUGACAAAGGAUUGGUACUUUUUUUUUUUUUGUUUGAAUACAUUAAGAGAAACCAAUUUUGUUUGUUGUUUCAUUGAACCAGCUGGGUUUACAGUAACCCAUUAAUUGGACCAUCACAAAUUUAUUGUUGGACUUUGUUUAUCUGUUUUUGUUUCAUCUCAACAAAAUUAUAAUGGCUUAGUUUUGAAAUAUUUAAAAUAAUGAAGGGGUCCCACAGUAAAGUCUUUUUGUAAACCCCUUUCCUUGGUUUUUAUUUUGUGUUAACCAGGUAUUAUCAAUCAUUCAGAUGGGGCUCUUACAUUCUAAUUUAACAUUUUAUUGAGUCAUGUUUUUGUGCUUAACUGUAAGUAACAUUAAAAAAUCAGUACACCAGUAUCUGGCAUGUUAUGGUAUAUCUAUCAAUAUAGUUAUCUCUGUAUGUAACAAUGUUUUGAACGUUACAGACAAUAUCAGGCAUUGAUUCAACUAGAUUGGAACAAGUUUUAUAGGCACUUUGUUUUAUUAAGGAUUACAUCUAAAUGUACUUAAUAGUUUUGGUUUAAAGCUCUAGUAACUAACUUUUGUUUCUGUACUCAUCAAACAAAAAAAAAGGGCUUCAAUUUAUCACAUUUUUGGCGUGCCUGUUUUUCUUUGUUGAUAGUUAAAUAUAACAAAUGGUUGUUUUUUUUCUAAUCCAUGAAGAGACGGGCUUUGUGACAGUGUAUCAAGACUUGCUCUACUAAGAUAAACAUUCAAUACUUCGUAGCUGUUAUCUUUGUUUGUGUAAACGAUAACGAUAGUGUUCACAGUAAACACACAAAAAAUAUACCCAAAAAUUGUGUUUAUUGUUCCUGAUUUUUUUUUUAACAAUGCUUGAAUGAUAUUUAGGAUAGAAGACAAGAAUAGUUGAACAGCUAUGGAAAAAAGUUUAGCAAAGAUUUAGAAUGAUUCAAUUUAAAUUAUUUUUUAACUAUAGAUGCCUGCAGUCUAUGAAAUAAACAAAAAUGUUAAAGGAUUAAAAAUCAGGUAUUUUUUUAUCAGUAACAGCUACCAAUAGGUGAAAAUGUGUAUACUUAGUUUUUUGAGUUUAGAUUAGUAGCAGUUCAAAGCCAAAGAGAUUGCUCCAAUAGAAGGAUAUAGCUUAAUUUUUCAUGACUACAUUGUUUUUUCUAUCAUGAUAACUGUGGUACUGUCAUUAGAACUUAACAAUCAUUGGAUUUUCUGUGGCUUUUAAUAAAAUUGAGAUGAGACAUCCAAAACAACAUCAGCUUUUACUGUCCACAACUUUUGACGCAGUGUCCUCAAAUUUAAAAAAAAAAUUCAACAGAACUUGACCUGCAAUUGCUUACAGUUUUCUAACUGAUACGUCUCACUGGUAUCUGAUCAUUUCAGCCCUAAUUAUGUCUACAUUUAUUUGUAACUACGCUAAAAAGAUCACAUUUGACACUUGUUAAGAAAGUUUUGGUUCCCUACAGCAUAUUGCCUCUGACUUCUCUACACUGUCCUAAAUUUAAUUCCAUUAGAACCAAAUAUUUCAAAUUUAGUAUACAUGAACACAACAGAAGAACUAGAUUGCAGUAUUUUUAAUAAGAAAAUAGUGAAUUUAAAUCUCAAAUGUCUUUAAAAAAAAGACAGGCGAGUUAUCAAAAAUGCUGUCAUAUUGUGAUUUUGCUUGAAUGUAUCUUCAGUUGUGAUGAUAGAGUUAUGCGGAUGCUUUGAUAUCUCAUGAAACACAACAAAAUUUCCAAAAUGAAAAGUAAUAUCGACAAGUUUAACAAGAUUACAAAGAGAGUUUGUGUUAUCACACGAACUCAAAGGCAGCCCCCAUCAAAUUCACCAAUGGACGAGAAAUAUAUUCAAGCCAUAUUCUUGUUUUGAUCGUUUUAAGAAAUUUUAAAAAUUUGGCGGUACUUUUCACAUAAAAGCAAACAGUGCAACACGUCGUCUUAGAUAAGACUUUUCUAACUCUUCUGGAAUAAGGUAGCGUUAAGUGAUCACCUAAGAUCAGCAUGUAAACACCCUGAUACAGUGUCGGUGACACCUAGUGCGUUUUGCUCAAAUGUAAAAUCCCAAUGUUUAUUACAUUUAUUAAAAUAUUACUGCAAGUUUUACAAUAAUAUUUAAUUAAAAUUAUAAACUGAUGUAAAAUCAUA